AUGAGGUGUGUUACAGUUGUGCUGUGUUGCACUGCUGUGCUGAUGCAGCUGACAAUGACCAACUCACAAACUACAGAAGUUUUAGCCAUUGUGGACUGUUCUCAACUGGAUUCGUGUGAGAGAUGCACUAGCGGAGAUCCUGCCCUUAACCUGACACGCUGUAUCUGGAGAAACUGUGACAAUGACAAUAACACAAGGUGCAUAUCUGACACAGAUGACUUUGGAGAUUGUGCUAUAUACAAUGAUACAAGUUCCUGUCCAAGUACUGGGAGCUCUGAUGACAGUGACUCAGGUGAUUCCUCUUCAAAGUCAACUCCGGAAUUUUCUCAGGCUUCCUUCAACUUUUCCAGCUUCAUAGGUGGAAUUAUACUUGUGUUGGCAGUACAAGCAGGGGCCUUUUUUGCUAUGCGUUUCCUCAAGACAAAAGACAGUUCAUAUGAGACCAUUGACCAAACCCAGUAAGAGGUCAAGGAAGUUCAAGAAAAGAAGGAAAAUAGACAGUUUUAAAGAAGAAACAAAGUGAAGUGUGGAAAAUGCAGCUGUGAAUUCAUGCAACAGGAAGUGAUAGAACAAAAGUGUGGCCUUUAUCUCCAUAUUUACCCUUCAUUUAUUUACAUAUGUUUUUAGAUGUUCUAAUUUGAAAACCUUUGUAGGUUAAGUUAACCUUCAGGGUUAAAUACUGAAUUGCUCUUGUCUCUCUGUUCUGUCUGUCUUGUGUUUGUGACAUAUGUACUUCUUUGAGCGAUUUUGUUUAAUUUGUUUGUUAAUUUGCAUUGAUCUAAAUAGCAAACACAUUUGAUAAUACUGUAUUUAAUACAG